AUGAACUUUUUCUUAGAAUGCAAAAACUUCAUGCUUGAAAGGUGGAGAUACUUGGAGGACAUUUUCUUCAUGGGAUGCGUAGCUCUCCAGUAUAACUGUGACACAGGUGACUUCUCAAUGCCCAUCUCGAUAGCAUUAACAGCUGCGAUUUAUUUAUUUAUAAAAACGACUUACGGAUUAUUCGACGGGUUCGAAGAAGAUGAUGACAGAUCGUUUACUGUAUUUGAUUUUCUCAAGACACUCCUUAUAGUAAUUCACAUACUUGUAUAUUUCUUGUCAUUUAUUGCAAUCUGUGAGAUUUUUAGAUGUAAGAGAGAAAAAAACUGGACCUAUGGGAUAGAUGACAGGUCGUUAAUAGUUACGCAUACAUUAUACAUGUUUUUGGCAUCUCAAACAAUUAUGGCGAAUAUUAGCACAAAUUCUGUUGUUGAAAUCAUUCGUAGUAUUCUAGGAUUCUAUGAAGUGGCAACUCUUUCAGGAGUCAAAAAUGAUAAGGACUAUGGUGGACUUCUGCAUUUGACAUAUCCGAUGAUCUUCUCAUUUCUUCCUUUCUUUUUAGGAGAAGCCACAUCGAUAGUAAGAAAGUGGCUGUUUCGAAAUAAAUUGUCGGAAUUUGCACCAAGAAUUGCCAAGAUGGUUACUAUUAUUGCAGCUAUUAUGUGCACUGCUGUAGGUAUGUAUGGUACAUUUGUAAUGUUUAACAUAAUAGGAAAUAUUGCUUCAGCUGAAGCAAAGAUAGAAUCGGCCCAAAGCACCAGCGGAAUACAAAAAGUUAUACGUAGAACAGUUUCGUCUUUAAUACCCGGAAUUUUAAAAAAUGCUUUAGUUAUCAUUUAG